AUGACGGUCCACUUUCCUGAUCAGUUGCUCAACCAAGGCCUCAACCCUCGCAACACGAUCUUUAUCUUUACCGCUCGUGUGGUGUUGUCCUUUUCUCUCGAGAUGUCCUGCGUUCUCCCUUCCACCCACAAACUCAAACUCCUGGCUCACGCAUUUCGAUCCUCGCCGGUGGCAGCCAAUGCAAAUGGCUUCGACAUUGUCUGGAGAGCUGGGGUCUGCAUAUACACAUUUCAUCUUGCGCUGUUUGCACUCCCAGCAACUCUUCGUCCCUUUGCGUAUCUUCCUCCGCUUCGCAUCCGAUUCGGCGAUCUCGUAUUCCAUAUCGAUUUCUAUGCACAGAGUCAGUGA